AUGCGAAGGAUUGAUUCGUCGGGAGAAAAUAUGAACCUGCAAACAACGGAAGACGCUGGGAGAAUCCCAAGGGACUAUCCAGAGCCGGAGAACGAGGCGCCUCCCAACCCGGUGCGUUACAGCGGGAGGCAGACGGAUCUGGACAAGUGGCUCAUCUUCGGCUCCGUGGACGCAGACUUCCUCUCGACCCUCCGCACGGUCCUCGUCUUCGGUGAGAGGCACUCGCGGGCCCCGCCCGUCCCGCUUCCCGACUCCCGGUCCUCACGAGUCUCACGAAUAGGGAUCACGGGGAGCGAGGCCAUCUUGGUGACGAGGGAAGGGGACGUUUUCGGGCUCGGGGCGAACAGUUCGGGCGUCCUCGGCAUCGGGACGGAGGAUUCCACGCUGGUGCCGCGUAGGAUAGAAAUCCUCUCGAGGAGAGGCGUCACCAGUAUAGCAGCUGGGGACAUUCACGUUCUGGCGUGCACGAGAGAAGGAGAUCUGUAUUCCUGGGGAGACAACACGCACGGCCAGCUGGGGACUGGCGCCGUCGGUCCAUGCCUGGACCCCACGCCGGUGGGAGGGAGCCUAACCGGGAAGACGGUGACGAAGGUCGCUUGCGGAGCGUUUCACUCGCUCUGCCUCACGGCCGACGGAGAGGUCGGACGGCGUCUCGGCCCUCCUGCAGUCGCCGACGUUCGGCUCGUUCUCGAGUGGGGGCAGAACGUCCGGGGUCGGGGGGUCGCGGGGGAACCGCAGACGCUGCCGAAGCCGCAAGGGACGAGGGCCGUGGCCGUUGCAUGUGGACGCGAUUUCUCCGUCUUUCUCCUCGAUUCCGGAAAGAAACUGGAGCUCAUGGUCGGACGGGAGCAGACGCUCGGCCCCGAGCGGGGACCCACGCGGCGAGGGAGUCCGCUCGGCCCCGAGCGGGGACCCACGCGGCGAGGGAGUCCGCUCGGCCCCGAGCGGGGGCCCACGCGGCGAGGGAGUCCGCUCGGCCCCGAGCGGGGGCCCACGCGGCGAGGGAGUCCGCUCGAAGGCGUCUGGUCGCUUCCGGUUCAGCGCGGGAAGCUAGGACGUUCGUGGCGGACGGCUCCCUGGGGAAUUUCCAUUGAACAACCUCGUGAUUCUGGCGGUAUUAGGGUAUAUAGCUGGGGAGCCAACGGGAGCGGACAGCUCGGUCUAAAUCACACGCACGAUCAGCCUCUCCCUUGCGUGGUCGACAUCAAUCUACGCUACGUCUUCGUUUCCCAGGUGGCAUGUGGCUAUGCACACGUCUUGGCUCUGUCCGAUGAAGGUCAUCUGUAUGUCUGGGGAGCGAACGAAUGCGGCCAGUUGGGUCUGGGGGACAGGAACGUUCGUCCCGUCCCGACUCGGCAUCCUCGUGAAAUCGGGAGAGUGGUGGAGAUCGGAGCCACCCACUACAGCCGUCUCUCGGGGGCGAUGACCCGCGACGCCCGAGUCUACGCGUGGGGCCAGUUCAGGGAUAUGGCGGUCGCGGCUCCCUUUCCCACCCAGUUCCAUUCGGUCGACGACGCCUUCGCCUCGUUCUCGAGUCCGUCCGUGGCGUGCGGCCCCAUCUCCGUGGACGCGAGACCCGGCUCGUACGUCUUGGACUCCCUGAGAGCCGCAUUCGACAACCCGGAACGAAGCGACGUGCGCAUACUGGUGGAAGGGCGAACGAUUCACGUCCACAGAUCGGUGCUGGAGAUCCGUUGUGGUUAUUUCCGCACCCUCUUCAUCGCCCGGAACGCGCUGAAUAACGAGAUCGAGAUGCGGCCCGCUUUUCCCUUCGAGGUCUACCACGCCUUCCUCCGCUUUCUCUACACGGGGGAGUUGGGGCCGGACAUCGAGAUCGCCAUCGGGAUGUUGGAAGUGGCCACGGAGUACGGGGAGCCCGAGUUGAUGCAGGAGUGCGGGAAGGUCAUCGCGAGGGGGAUCACGGUCGAGAACGCGGGGAGGCUCUAUGCCGUUGCCGUCAGGUGCGGGCCGGAGAGCUUGGAGGAUUUCUGCUUUCGGUUCUGCCUGAAUCAUCUGACGAGGGUGGUGACGACGGAGGCUUUUCGGGAACUCGACGACGGCGUCUCGAGGGCCUUCUUCGAGAAGGCUGCCCGGUACGGCGCCUUCAGGUAUUGA